UCCUCAGCGCUUAGCCAAAGAAGCUCAUCCCUUUCUCUAAAACCUUAACACCAACCAAACAAACUACCCUCCUAAGACUUGACACCGGGAAGGGAGUAAUAGUGCCGGGCGUGGGAUCGGAGGAGUUUUCUUCGGGACCGGCACUAUGGAUCAGGACUAUGAGUCCAGGCUGCUAAGGCAAAUCAACAUCCACAAUGCAAAUGCCAGUCCAGUAAAAUCUCUUGGCGCGCUCCGAGCUCUGUCGCCAGUCAGCUCCCCGCUGUCCUCCCCGAGCAAGCACGGCGAUCGCUUCAUUCCUUCGCGGGCCGGCGCCAACUGGAGCGUCAACUUCCACCGCAUCAAUGAAAUUGAAAAGUCACACAAUCAAAACAGGAAGACGAAAGAGGGCACAGCAGACAGCAACAAAGCGGAUGGUCUGGCUUACUCUGCGUUGCUGAAGAACGAGCUCCUCGGAGCCGGUAUCGACAAAGUCCAAGACCCCCAGUCUGAAGAUCGCCGCCUUCAGCCAUCCACUCCCACCAGGAGAAGCCUUUUUAAAUAUUCUUUAAGCACUAAGAGGUCUCUUGAAGAAGAUGGUAACGCAGUCUCUCCUUAUUCUUUAUCCCCCGUCAGUAGCAACAGCCAGAAACUGCUACGGUCGCCACGGAAACCCAUGCGCAAGAUAUCCAAAAUACCUUUUAAAGUUCUUGACGCUCCCGAGCUUCAAGAUGACUUCUACCUCAAUCUUGUGGACUGGUCCUCUCUCAAUGUUCUCAGUGUGGGGCUCGGCACUUGUGUGUACCUGUGGAGCGCCUGCACCAGCCAGGUGACGCGUCUGUGCGACCUUUCUGUAGAAGGUGACUCUGUAACAUCGGUGGGCUGGUCAGAAAGGGGUAACCUAGUUGCUGUGGGGACUCAUAAAGGGUACGUUCAAAUCUGGGAUGCCGCCGCAGGGAAGAAGCUCUCUGCACUCGAGGGACACACGGCCAGAGUAGGCGCCUUGGCCUGGAACGCCGACCAGCUGUCGUCAGGCAGUCGCGAUAGGGUAAUCCUGCAGCGGGACAUCAGAGCCCCGCCCCUCCAGUCCGAACGCCGGCUCCAGGGACACCGGCAGGAAGUGUGCGGUCUUAAGUGGAGCACGGACCAUCAGCUGUUAGCAUCUGGUGGCAACGAUAACAAGUUGCUCGUAUGGAACCACUCGAGCGUCCUCCCAGUGCAGCAGUACACCGAGCACUUGGCGGCAGUGAAGGCCAUCGCCUGGUCCCCCCAUCAGCACGGCCUGCUGGCUUCCGGGGGGGGCACGGCCGACCGCUGCAUCCGCUUCUGGAACACUUUGACGGGCCAGCCCCUGCAGUGCACCGACACGGGCUCUCAGGUGUGCAACCUGGCCUGGUCCAAGCACACCAACGAACUGGUCAGCACACACGGUUAUUCCCAGAACCAAAUCCUAGUGUGGAAGUAUCCCUCCCUCACUCAAGUGGCCAAACUUACAGGGCACUCCUACAGAGUUCUUUACCUGGCCAUGUCCCCUGACGGAGAGGCCAUCGUGACGGGGGCGGGAGAUGAAACUCUUCGCUUCUGGAACGUCUUUAGCAAAAUGAGAUCCACUAAGGAGUCUGUGUCAGUCCUCAACCUUUUCACCAGAAUCCGGUAGUCAGCACAAUUCAGAAGUACCUGGGAUGAAAAAUGGCAUUUGAUUUUAUUUUUUGCAUGAAUCAUGUCCAGGCUUUAAACGUCGACAUCAGUCAUUUGCAGAUUAUCAUCGCAUCCUGCCCAGUUGAGAAUGGUUCAAAUGCCAAGCCAGCAGGUUUACAGACCCAAAUUGUGCAUAACUGCCAAAUAUUGAGUUUGUCUUUAAUUUUUUUUAAAUAAUUUAUUGUUUUUUUUGUUGUUGUUGCUUGUACUGCAUUUGUUUUGCAUAUUAUUACCAUUGUGUUUGUCGUAUAACUGAUUAUUUGUGUAAUUGAAAAUUUGGAUUGAAUCCGUGGACUUUGGCGUUGCCUCCAGGGAGAGAUGAGUGAGUCGUGUGUUAUGAAUGUUUAAUCAUCCCAAAACAAAAAGGUGUCAUUUGGAAAAUAAGCACAAAAAUGACAAACUUCACCAGUACGUCCACCGUAAAAAUCAAAACAUUGCCUCCCAGCGUUAUUAGUAACAGCAAUUAAAGCCUUACAAUCAAAACAAUUAGCGGCACAGUAAAAUGCUCCGCUUCGCUAACAUGACGACAUUUGACUUGCGCUUCUAUUUUUGUGCGGGCGCUUCUUUUGUCUAAUCCAUAUCAUCUGCCCGCCACCCCUCUAUUUUAGUUGGUUUAUUUUCCAGUUUGAACGCCGAGUUAUCGAGUGUGCCACAUUUACAUGAAUGCUAUUUAUGUGUUUUGAGUAACGGCAUGCUCGGUAAUAAAACUGCAGUGGAGAAAAGCAGUUUAAUGCCACUUUGAACGUCAUUGUACUUAUUAUGACAACUUGACUUACACGUUGAAUGUUAAAUAAUGUCUGUUUGCUCAGGCGGGCAAUUAAAAACGUCAUGUCUUGUGCAUUA